UUGUUUAUGUUUUGAUCAGGGGGUACAUUUUCUGAUUUGUUAGCACAUAAAUAUCAGUGUCGGUGGCAGGAAAAUUUUAUUUUGCUGAAGAGUGGAGUGGUAUCAUGAACUAAGAAAAUGAAUCUUACCAAAAUUUGUUUCUUUGGAAUCCUUCUCGUUGUUGUUGUCUUCGCACUUUCGGAAGCCGAACCCAGAUCUAGACGAAGAAGCCAGAGAAGACGAAGAAGUCAAAGACGACGAACGAGAAACCAGAACAAAAAAAAAGCAGCACAAGUCCGUCAAACAUUUGAAAAUGCCAGAGAAGUUGUCCCUGGUUUUUUUGCACUCACGGAGAUGGAAUCCCUUAACUUUACCUCCAUACAAAACGAGGUGAGUGCCCCUUCAUGCGUAAACAAUUUAACUUUACCCAGGUUUGCUGCGUGCAAAAUGCAAGAACUGAGGGAAAUAAUAAGAAAUCAAACUUGUGUGUUGGAAAAAUCUGAUGAAAAUCGAGUCAAGAGACAAAGACAGAACGCAGACGGAAGCGAGACACGAAUCCGUUCCACAGAUAAUCAAGGUAGCAUAGUCAGUGGAACAAAAGUAAGAUUGUGUACUGAAAUAAACGCAAGAACAACUCUUGCGCAAAAUAGGUAUCCUCAAGUAAUUAAUGAAAUUAUAUGUAAGAACAACGAAAGAUGUUUAGGGGAUCCAAAAUGUUUCUGUGCGCAGCAAUUUAUCAUGGUACAGUUUCGAAUUGACACCAAUGAAUAUGGGAUAGACAGGCUCGGAGAAUGGGAUACUUACGAUCAAGUUAUACGAACGGGAUGCAAGUGUCGAGUAGAUAAACAAUCGAUUACGUAUAGACUUUUUAUAGACGACGAAAAUUAAACGGAUAUAAUAGUUUUUUGUCAGACUGAUAAAGUAUGGAUACCUUAUCGCUUAGAGUAAUUUUCUGUUGUUUCAUGCACCAACAUCAAUAAUUUUACACGGCUUUUAUUAAAUGGGGGGAAAAAUAAUACCAUGUUUAAAAUAACUAGCACAUAAAGUAAUGCUUUUGUGUUCAUUUUGUUGUAAACCUCUUUAACCUCAACCUCAUUCCCAGGGCGUUUUGCCUUGUUGAUGAAGUUGAUAGGGGACAAGUUCGUGAUAACGGCUCGGGGGCCACAAGACCCUGAGGACGAUGUUGCCUUAACCUGAGUUAUUUCUGUAUGUACGAUCCUACAUAAUAUUAUACGGCUUACUAAUAGUUAGUUUGUAAAGAAUUUAUGAGAAUCAUUAAAUUCAAGAAA